AUGAGGCCAGCGGGUGCUUUAGAUAUGCCCAACGAGCUACUGACGGCAACAUUCAGCCAUCUGAAGAACACGGCAGACAUACAGAGCGCCCGCCUCACCUGCCGCCGAUUCGAAGCCAACAGCUCGCGCUUCCUCAUCCCGCUCGUCCGCGUCGAGCCGCAAUCCGCAUCGCUCCGGAGGCUCGACAGGAUCUCGCAGCACCCGGCCAUCCGGGAGGGCGUGCGCGAGGUGGCCAUCCAGCUGACCUACUACGACGCCACGCUCGCCUUCGAGAUCGCCGACUUCACCAGCACCAACGCGGAGCGGGUGGAGAGAGAGAAGAGGACCCUGCUGUGGCUGAUAUCGCACUCCUACCUCCCGCCCGGCGUCUCCCGGCAGAGGGGCGAGGCCGCCGUGAGCAGGGCAGACGCCAUCAUCGACUCGUGGAAGAAUGCGGGGCCCGACACGCCGGAGAACCUAUCCCCCGAGGAGGACCAGCAGUACCAGGAUCUGCUGAAUGUCGCCUUCGACAAGUACGGGAGUCGUUAUCUGAACCAAGCGGGGAUGUUAGAGAACGGCACCUUUAUCCACGCCGUCGGUGCCGCCAUGGCGAGGAUGCCGUGCGCCAGGACCUUGGCGUUCCAGGGCAAGACGGAGCUGACGCAGCGCCAGGAGAAGGACUUCCUCUUUCGCAUGGAGGACCUGGAGGAGCAAUGCGAGGUGAUGGCGUACCCGCUCAGCCGGGAGCAGGCCCGAUUCCAGCUGUGUGGGCCGCGAGUCGGGGACCUGUUCAUCACGUUGCCCCUGGCCGUCCACAAGGCCGGUGUCUCGCUUUCGGAGCUCAAGAUCAGCACGUAUCUGGCGCUGGGAGAGGACCUACCUGAGCUGGAGACCUCCAAGAUCACGAGCGCGUUGCAGGGGCUGAGGGCCGUCAACCUCGACUUUAUGUGGGACGAGCUGCCAAAUCGCAGCUAUGUCCACCACAUAUGCAGCCUCCUGAACGCAAUUCUCGACACCGACAGCCUCGAAAGCAUAUCUCUCAGCUUCGACUGCGAAUUCGACACCCUCCCACUCCUGUUCAGCAUGGGCCCGAUCCUCACCCGCCGGCAGUGGAAGAACCUCCGGCGAGUGUCCCUGUCAAACAUGUCGCUGCACCUCGGCGAGCUGGCGCUAUUCAUCGCCAAUCUCGGCGCGCCGCUGGAGGGGUUUCACAUCGACGCCAUCCACCUGCUCAGCGGCACCUGGGCCGAGGGCCUCGACAUCUUUCGCGGUUCGGUCGCGAUGCUGGGCGGUGACCGGAUAGAGGUGAGGGAUCCGUCUGGCGCCGAGGUCGAGACCAAGCUGUCAAACGAUGAGACAACGGCCAUGUUUGAGGGGGAGGGCGGUCGACGCAGCACCGCGGAGGCGUAUAUCCUAGGGCAUACAUAUACCAAUCCCCUGCAGGGCGUCAUGGGGUAA